AUGGGUGGUGUUCUACUGGGCAUAUUCAUAGUCAUCCUCAGUGUGGAAUUCAUAACUGGGAAUGUAGUGAAUGGAUUCAUAGCUCUGGUGAACUGCAUGGACUGGGUCAAGAGAAGAAAGAUGUCUUCAGUUGACCGAAUCCUCACUGCUUUGGCCAUCUCCAGAAUUAGUCUGCUGGUCAGUAGCUAUACAUAUAUUAUUGUUACUUACUCACCCAGGAAGAUGACUGCAAAAAUCAUAAAAAUAGCUAAUACUGCCUGGGUUGUGACCAGUCAUUUUAGCAUCUGGCUGUCUACAGGCCUCAGCCUCUUUUACUUUCUCAAGAUAGCCAAUUUUUCUAAUUCUAUUUUCCUUUACUUGAAGUGGAGAGUUAAAAAGGUGGUUUCGGUGACAUUGCUAGUGUCUCUGGUCCUCUUGUUUUUAAAUACUGUUAUGGUGAUCACACAUACUGAUGUCUGGAUUGAUGGACAUAAAAGAAAUGGGACUCACUUUUCCAAAUGGUGGAACUCUACACAUCUUUGUAAAUUUCUUUUACUCAUCAACUGUACAUUCACAUUAAUACCCUUUACUGUGUCCCUUACAGCCUUUCUCCUGCUAAUCUUUUCCCUGUGGAGACACCUGAAGAGGAUGCAGUACGGUGUGAAAGCAUCCAGUGAUGCCAGCACCAUGGCUCAUAUGACAGCCUUACGAACUGGGAUUGCCUUCCUCCUUCUGUACACUGUUUUCUUACUUUUUCUUUUUAUACAUGCUUGGAGCUAUGACUUGUUGGAGAAACAGCUUAUCAUUUUUCUUAGCUUGGCUACUGGAAUUGCUUUUCCUUCAGGCCACUCAUUUGUCCUGAUUCUAGGAAACUGCAAACUGAGACAGGCCUCUCUCUCUGUGCUGUGGUGGCUGAAGUGCAGAUCCAAAGACGUGAAACCCUUGGUUUCCUAA